AUGUACAAGCCACGUGUCAAAGCGCACAAGUCCAAGCAUCUCCAUCACUCCGACGGCGCGAGGGGAUGGCCCCCGGAAGAGGCCGCGGCGUCCGCCGCUACCCACUCCAGCGGAGAAUGGAGCGGAACUGCGGAGGCCGUGAGCGCCGGAGACGCGCACUUGGCGGAAGCUGUCGGCGGAAUGGGUGCGGGCGGAAUGCCGGUGAGCAGCCCGGACAUCCUGGGGAAGGGGUGCUUCAGCUGGCGCGGCGUGUUCCAUAAGGAUCACGGCGCGCGCGUGCUUAAACUAGAAGGCGGCGGUGUAGCGGAGGUGCUUGUAGUGGAUCCUGGGCGGAGAGAUGACGAGGUGAGAACGCAUUAUGGGUACACCGUGGAGGAUUUUAGUGGAAGGGGGGAGCACGCGGGGACGACGGGCGCGCACGGACAGGGGGAGGACAUGGGGGGAUACGAGCGCGGCAGUGAUAGGGUUGGGGGGAGAGGUGAGUUAAUGGCAGGGGCGGGGGGGGAGCAGGAGAGGGCGGUAGGAGCGGAGGAGCGAGGUUGUGUCGGUAUCGUGUCUUCUGCUGCUGCUGUCGUGGCGACUGAUGAAACGCUUGACCUCUCAGUGCGUACGGACGACACGGUUUCAUCCGACGCAGCAACGGUCGGCAGCGUUUCAUCUGCACGCCUGAACCCUGGCAGCGUUUCAUCCAGGCGUGCGGCGGCGGACGGAGGCGGGUGGGAUCCAGAAUCAGGUUCAAUGCGAGUGCAUCCCACAAUUGCAGCACAUGAGGUUCCACACGAGGGACGCGUGGGCGAGGGGGGCAGGGGCGAAGCAGCACGUGGGACUGGGGAGGGUGACUUGCUAGCCAAUGGGGAUGUGGCAGCAGGGAGCACUUGUGCUGCCACUGGCACUGGUGGGUAUCCGCCGCUCACCACCACUGCGCGCACUCAGGUCCUCCCUGUCGCUGUAGAUCCCUCCCUCACUUGCCCUCCCUACCCUCCCUCACUCUCUACUCACCCUGACGCAAUCGCCUCUUCCCCUCCCGCGCUCGCCUCCGCCCUCCCCCCCGCCGUCACCUCCCCCCUCCCCCCUUCUGCGCCACCCCUCUCCGCUGCUCCUUCCACCGACGCCGCCCCCUUGGGUCCUCCGCCCCCCACCUCCCCCUCCGCCACCGCCCCUUCCCUCCCCAGCCUUUCCGCCCCCCAACCUUCCGUGUCUGCUGCUUCCACCUCUUCCGCGCCCCCCCCUCGCCCCCACACCGCCGCAGCAUCCUCCCUCCCCCGCCCGCCCCACGCCCUCCCCCCCACCCCCGCCAGCCGCGGCAGCAGCAGGGAAGGGGGUCACCAGAGGGGGGCGAGAGGGGGAUGA